GAGUCAAGUUGGCACGCAUACUCUCAGAUACUCGCUGAAUCUCCUUCUUUUCCGGUGUGCUCUGUUGAGUGACCGUGUCUUAUUUAGUUUUAGCUGUAAUUAUAUCUUUCUCCAUCUUCCACAAUGAGGAUUUACAAGGAUCUUUUCACCGGAGAUGAAAUGUUCUCCGACACUUAUAAAAUCAAGCUGGUGGAUGAUGUGCUGUAUGAAGUAUAUGGCAAAUUAGUUACUCGUAAAGCGGGCGAACUUAAUAUUGCCGGUUUUAAUCCCUCUGCAGAAGAGGCUGAUGAAGGCACUGAUGAGAUGGUGGAAUCUGGAGUUGAUGUUGUAUUGAAUCACCGGCUUCAAGAAACAUUUGCCUUUGGAGAUAAGAAAUCUUACACCUUAUAUCUCAAGGAUUAUAUGAAGAAGUUAGUAGCAAGGCUAGAAGAAAAAGCACCUGAUCAAGUAGAUGUUUUUAAGACUAACAUGAACAAAGUUAUGAAGGAUAUUCUGAGCCGCUUCAAGGAGCUGCAAUUUUUCACCGGUGUUUCAAUGGACAUUGACGGCAUUGUAGGCCUCAUGGAGUACCGUGAGAUCGACGGCGAGUCUGUGCCUGUACUCAUGUUCUUUAAGCAUGGUCUUGAAGAAGAAAAGUUCUAAAUAAUUCUUAGAUAUUCAAUAAAAUAUGGACAAAUUUUAUAAACUGGAAUCAAGACUGCACACAUGCUACAAAGCUGUGAAAUUUAGUUAAAAAUAUAAAACAAUUCAAUACUUCCAAUCUUGGUUUACAAUGCAAUUAAUUAAAUACAAAUAAAAUCUCCGUUUAAUAACAAUUCCUCGAUAAAUAGUUGUAAAUAUUCUGUAACAAGAAAAGAAAAUGGCAACAACAGGAAUCUUCGUUUAUCUCAGAAGGUGUUAUAUUUCUAUUUAUGUUUCUAUGUCUAAUUUAUAUUAGGCGAUUUAAUUUAUAUAAAAAAAAUAUAUAUAUGGAAGAUGGGGAAAGAAUUUGCAGCGGACUUACCAGGGUAGUUUGAAAAGUUCUCGGCUUAACAAAGAUGAUGCUAGAAAUAUCAAACUGCUAUAAUUUUUGAUAAAUUUAAUCUUGUAGAGGAUUAUUAUUAAAAUUUCAGAUAGAUGAGAUUCUUUGUUUCUAUUGUGUAAAGCAUACAUUUUUAUAAUCAAUUUUUAAGAUCCAAUAUCGUAUAUAAAAUAUUCGAAUUUAAAAAGUUUAAUGCUAAAGAAAUAAAAAAUGAACUUGAUUCAAUUUUAGAAGAGUCUUCACCAUCGUUUUCAAUUGUUAAAAAAUAAGCUGCUGAAUUUAAAUGUGGUACGUUCACAUGUGUCGUACGUUCAUGAAAAAUCGCUCAAAAACAGUUACGUCUGACAAAAUUAUUGAAAGAAAAAUUUGAUUCAAAUAUUGAAAUAAUCGAUAAGACUAACGCUUAUUUUGAAGGUUUAAAAAAAUCGUAUUAUAGAGACGAUAUUAAAAAGUUGGAAUAUCAUUGGAAUAAGUAUACUGAGCUAAAAGGGAACUAUGGAAAAUAAAAUAAAUUUUGCCAUAAUCGUGUUUUCUUUGUCAAGCUCAAAACUUUUCGAACUAUCCUCGUAGAACAAUGGUGUAAUGUUUACAAUUAUUAUGUUAAUACUAAUAAUGAUUAACAAUUUCUGAAACAUAUUUGACGUAUAAUGUCCAUCAUAAAUAAAAAAUUUUCCAUAA